CCGCCGCGCCGCCGCUGAUUGGCUCGGUCUGCUGCCGCCGGCCUGAACAAUGGCCUCGGGCCGCUUAAAGGCGGCGGUGGCGGCGCGGUGGGUAGGGCAGAGCGCAUCUCAGCCAGCAGCGUGCGCCGCGGCCGCUGCCGGCCGGCGCGAAGAUGCCCCGUGGCUUCCUGGUGAAGCGCAGCCGGCGGCCCACCCCUGUCUCGUACCGGGCGCGCUGCUGCCGAGAGACUGCUUCUGCCGGCCCGCCGCUCCCAGCCGGUGGUGCCCUGCCGUCCGCUUGUCCCGCCGCCCCACCGCCGCGGGACUCACCGCCGGUGCCGUUUGGGACGCCUGAUGCUGCUGUGCAGGCGCUGUGUAGCCCCACGCGGCCCGUCAGCAGGGACAAGUAUCUGGAGCGCGGCUUCAGCCUGGGUUCCCCUGUCUCGGCCGAGUCCUUUCCUGCCCCGGCUGUGCCCGGCACCAUGGAUCCGCUCCUUUUCGCCCCUGCUGAGCUCAAGCUCUGGGCUGCCGCCGCCGCUGCUGGCCACGCUGAGCCGCCCGCCGGCCAUGUCGCCGCUGGCACCACCGCUGGUCCUGGUGCCAGCGGAGCCCCCGCACCGCCAGCCGUAGUCGCGCCGCCUGUGUCAGGCCGACCGCAACCUGCUAAACGCCCACCGGCAUCCGCGGAGCCCGCGCGGCAGAAGGCUCCGUCGGGCAAGAAGGCGAAGGCGAUCCGCAAGCUAACCUUCGAGGAUGAGGUGACCACGUCGCCGGUGCUGGGGCUGCGCAUCAAGGAGGGCCCGGUUGAAACACCGGCCAAGACACGGGGCGGCUGCGCCCGCCCGCUCGGCGAGUUCAUCUGCCAGCUCUGCAAGGAGGAGUACGGGGACCCCUUCGCGCUGGCGCAGCAUCGCUGCUCCCGCAUCGUCCGGGUGGAGUAUCGCUGCCCCGAGUGUGACAAGGUCUUCUCCUGCCCCGCUAACCUCGCCUCUCACCGCCGCUGGCACAAGCCCCGUCCGCCUGCCGCCAAAAGCGGCCCUGAGGCGGGCAGGGCGCCGCCGGAGGAGCCGCCGAAGGAGGCGAGCGGCGGCAGCGGGAGCGGCAGCGAGCGGGACACGCCGAGCCCCGGCGGAGCCUCGGAGUCCGGCUCCGAGGAGGGGCUCUUCGAGUGUCCCCGCUGCGCCAAGCGGUUCCGCCGGCAGGCCUACCUGCGCAAGCACCUGCUGGGGCACCCGGCACCCGUACCGGGGCCUCCACCCGCCCCGGCCCCCGAGCCCGCCGCAGAGGAGCCGCCCCCGCCGCCCCCGGCAGAGUGCCGCUUGUGCCCGGUCUGCGGGGAGACCUUCCCUAGCAAGAGCAGCCAGGAGCGGCACCUCCGCCUCCUGCACGCCGCCCAGGUCUUCCCCUGCAAGUACUGCCCGGCCACCUUUUACAGCUCGCCUGGCCUCACCCGGCACAUCAACAAGUGCCACCCCUCCGAGAACAGGCAGGUCAUCCUGCUCCAGGUGCCGCUGCGUCCCGCCUGCUAGAGCCGCCCGUGCCUUCCCGGGGACCGAGGCCGCCGCCGAGCCCGUCCCGCAGGCUGCGCUUCGGACUCACCACACGAUUAGCUUUAAUACAGCUUGUGAACUGCUGGAAUCUGGCUUUACAUUUACCUUUCCGAGGUCUUUUUGUUUCUUUUUGUUGUCGUUGUUGGCUUUUUUUUCCGUUCGUUUUAGUUUUUCUGAUUGUGAACAGAUCAAACCGCUUGAGGAGAAACAAGACUUUCCUUUAGUAUAGCCACAAAUGCCUUGACUCUGCUGUUGAUGGUCUCCAGAAAAUGCUGUACAAACUGCCUUAACCGUGACAUGCCAACUUUGUUUCUGUUUGGUUCCUGAGGUAGCUCAUGAGUUGACUAUCUGUAUAUGUUGGUUUGAGUAAUUAUGUUAUUUAUUCGUUAUUUAUUUAUAUUAAUUAUGAAGACUGAUAAUAUUUGAUUGCAGAUACUCUAAAGUGCUUUUUUCUCUCUCUUUUUUUUUUGUCUCCCCUGCCUGCCAUUUCACUGUGCAUUUUAGAAGAUCUUUUUUUCUCAAGAGAUCUGCUAAAAAAGGUUUUAACUUUUAUACCUAGAAUAACUCCAGGUCUUAAUCAUUUUAUCCUGUGCAGCUGACAGCUCUUACUUUUAGAUGCAAUCUCUUUUUCUACACACAUUAUUUUCUUAACUGUUAGCUAUUUAUAGAGUGCUUUGAUAGAACUGUUUCAACUGUAUAAUUAUUUACUAUUCAAAUAAAAUAUUUUCAAAUUCA